CCUGGAUAUAAUGUGGUGUGGAACCCCUCUAACAACUCCUAUGAUCUACUGAUUGAGAACAUCACUGGAUCUGACCUGGGACUCUACUACUGUGGGACUAUGGAGACUAACGUGGUGGAAGAAGGAAAACUAAUUAAACAGAAAGAGUUGUACCACUAUGGAAACAUCACCACUAGGAUUUCACUGGACGUCAGUCCUCCUGAGUCCCCCUCCUCCUCUCCUGAUGUAGACUGUGGACUGUGUUGGAUGUUGCUGUUCAGUCUGUGUCCUGUGUCUGCUCUCCUCUCCUCCCUCCUCUCCUCUUUCUGUGUCUACUCCUUCUGCAGAACAACAGCUGCAGCUGAGACUCAGGUUCCUCUGAACAGGACUACCACCAGGGGAAGUGAGAGAAGAGAGAAGGAGGAAGGAGAUCUGUGUUAUGCCUCGUUGGAUAUCCGUCAGGGACAGAGGAGACCAAAGAAGAAGAAGAGAGUCCAGAACUCUGACUUCAGUACCUACACAGCCAUCAAUACCAGCAGACUGCAUCCCUGCUCCUUCUUCUCCCAUCGUCUUAACGCCAAGGAGAGGAAUUAUGAUGUGGGGAAUCGAGAACUACUCGCGGUGAAGAUGGCAUUGGAGGAGUGGGGGCACUGGUUAGAGGGGGCGGAACAUCCAUUCAUUGUGUGGACGGAUCACAAGAACCUGGAAUAUCUGCACACUGCCAAGCGGCUUAACUCCAGGCAAGCUCGCUGGGCCCUGCUGUUCACCCGGUUCAACACCUGGAGCCAGCAACUUGUGUAG